AUGGGUGAAUAUAUUUAUAACUGGCUAGUUAGGGAAAAUCUUUUUAAUGACGGUUGUCCCGAAGAAAAUUCUGUACUUAUUUAUGCAAACACUAAGCAGAGAUGUCUUGAAUCUGCGAAAGCUUUUGUUCGUGGCGCUUUCUACAAGUGCAAUAUAAGUGUUACCAGCAUGAAUUCUGAUGAAAAUGAUCCGAUAUUUAAUCCCAUUAUUCGUAAUGAUUCUAAAAUAAUCACAGAAAAUAUUUUUAAGGAAAUGGAAAAUAAGUUGAGGAAUAUUGAUCUGAGUCAAGCAUAUAUGGAAUUAGAAGAUAUAUUGGAUCUAGAAAAUUCUAUAGCGUGCCAAAUGGAAAACCUGUGUCAUUUUGAUAAUGAAGAUGAUAAAAUUUCUUACGAAGAUGGAGAGUUACCUCACAUCACUGGUCCUUUGUUAAUCACACAUAAUAUAAUUGAUUCAUUUCUUAUGAGUUUCUACGAUGGAUUUCCAAUAGAAAAUGUAGCUUGGGGAAGAAUUAAGGAUUCUGAACAGUGGAAGACAUUGAUGCAAAUUAUAAAUGAAUAUCUAAAUAUUUAUUUUAAUAGUAAACUACUGGGAAUAGAAAGCGCAAAACCGCUUCUUGAUUAUAUAUCGUCUAUACUUAGUAAAGAAACACCAAAAAAAUUCAUCUUGCUCCAUGGCCAUGAUUCAAAUCUAUAUCCUGUUUUGACAGCACUGGAUGUUAAUGAGUUUCUGUUGCCAGAGCAAUAUGAAAUAAUACCAAUAGGUGGGAAGUUAGUGUUCCAGAGAUGGUAUGACGCUACACAGGAUAGAGAUUUGUUUAAAUUGGAUUAUGUAUAUUUAACAGUAGACCAGAUAAGAGAUGGAUCAAAACUAUCAACAAAUAAUCCACCGCGACGGGUUCAACUGUUCAUAAAAAAUUGUCCUGUAGAUUCAGACGGGUUCUGUACUUGGGAAGAUUUUGUUAAAGUAUUAAAAAACAUUUCGGGUUUUGAAUGA